AUGGAGGACAGGAACCUAGGCAAUGUUCAAAAACAUUCCAGAUUUCUUCAACGUUAUUUUUGUCUAAUCUCCAUUAUCUUACACAUCCUUCCCUUGGGCUGUCGGUCUUUCGACUACGGCGAAGCUCUUUCCAAGAGUCUCCUCUACUUCGAAUCCCAGCGUUCCGGCCGGUUACCCCACAACCAGAGAGUCAAGUGGCGCCACCAUUCCGGCCUCACCGACGGUCUGGAACAAGGAGUAGACUUGGUGGGAGGGUACUAUGAUGCCGGCGAUAAUGUGAAAUUUGGUCUACCAAUGGCUUUCACUGUAACAAUGCUAUCGUGGAGUGUCAUUGAAUAUGGAGAACAAAUUGCCGGUGCUGGCGAGUAUCAUCACGCUCUGGAGGCGAUCAAGUGGGGGACGGAUUAUUUCAUCAAAGCCCAUACUCACCCGAAUGUUUUAUGGGCAGAGGUGGGUGAAGGGGACACCGACCACUACUGUUGGCAGCGGCCGGAGGACAUGACAACAUCACGACAAGCUUACAAGGUUGAUGCUGACAAUCCCGGGUCGGAUGUUGCGGGUGAGACGGCAGCGGCAAUGGCAGCGGCUUCAAUUGUGUUUAGGAGAACAAAUCCACAUUACUCUCACCUACUAUUACACCAUGCACAACAGUUGUUUGAGUUUGGUGACAAGUAUAGGGGAAAAUAUGAUGAAAGUAUUGGGGUGGCAAAAGGGUACUAUUCUUCUGUGAGUGGGUACAUGGAUGAGUUGUUGUGGGCAGCUUUGUGGCUAUACAAGGCAACUGACAAGGAGGAUUAUUUGAGGUACAUGCUGGAGAAGGCAAAUCUUUUUGGUGGGAUUACUUGGGCCAUGACUGAGUUUAGCUGGGAUGUCAAGUAUGUCGGUGUUCAAAUCCUAGCUUCAAAGUUGCUGAUGGAAGAAAAGCACAAGGAACACGCACACAAGCACAUACUGGAACAGUACCGCUCAAAGGCCGAGCACUACCUAUGCGCUUGCCUCAACAAAAACAACGGGACUAACGUGGAGCGCACCCCAGGAGGCCUACUGUACACCCGCCAAUGGAACAACAUGCAAUACGUCUCAAACGCGGCGUUUCUUCUCACGCUCUACUCCGAUCAUCUCCAAGCCUCAAAUCAGAAGCUCAGUUGCCCUAAAGGAGUGGUGGGCCCUCGAGAAAUCCUCUCCUUUGCCAAAUCACAGGUCGAUUACAUCUUGGGAUCUAAUCCAAUGGCCGUGAGUUACUUAGUUGGGUUCGGCUCCAAUUACCCACAUAGAGUGCACCAUAGGGGAGCAUCCACUGAAUCAUACAAAGAGAACAAGGGUUUCAUUGGGUGCACACAGGGGUACGAUAAUUGGUACGGACGAGGAGGUCGGAACCCACAUGUCCUGGUUGGGGCCCUCGUUGGUGGGCCAGAUAGGAAGGAUCAGUUUAGGGAUGAGAGGUCGAAUUACAUGCAAACUGAGGCAUGCACGUAUAAUACGGCUACACUGGUCGGAGUUUUUGCUAAAUUGCAUGGAUUACAAGCUGAUCAUCUCUCUGUUAAUCCACCUUCAAUUGCUUCUGCUUAA